AUGAAUAAAUUAUUUAGAAAUAAUAUAGUUUUAAACUAUUUGAAAUAUAAUAGAAUCACCAAUAUUAAAAAUAGUUCCUUUAAUAAUAGUAUUAAUAAUGUUUUUAUUUCAAGUAUAGAAAAAAGAUAUUUUUCAUCAUCACCCUAUAUUACAGAUGAUCCAAGUGUUAUAAAAAAACUACAGACUAUAAAACCUGAUCAGCCAAUGGAUGAAGAAGUGGUAAAAAUUCAUACUGAAUUAUUAAAACCAAACAAAAGUGAACUAACACCAAUCCAAAGAUACAAACAUUCACUUUUACUUUUUUCAAUAGAACAACAAAGCAAUAGAACAUCACAUACAUAUAAAAAUUUAGAAAAAAUAUGGGAUUUAUUAGAUUAUAAUAAUUUAGAAGAAAAAGAUAAAGUACAUAUAAUACAUUAUAUAGUCCUUCGAUUUAAAAUAGCAUACCAAAGUAAAAGAUUAUUACCAAAAGCCCACGAAACAAUAAAAUCGUAUAUUAAAUAUAUUAAAGAAGCUGAAGAGUCUAAAGUGCACGAGUUCCAUCCAAUCACAUUAUUGGCAUAUUUAAUAGCAUCUCAUCUCGGUAUGUGGAAUGAAAUGGUUUAUUUAAAAUCUAUCUUUCACCCAGAUCAACUAGAUUGCCUAGAGAAUAUGAAACAUAAUUUUGAAACCAAUUUUAACUAUGAUGCAAUAGAUAAAAUUAUUUUCAAUAAAGACCCAUUAUUUUCCUUCAAAGAUCCCCAACUUUUCGAUAUUACAAAACCAAGCCAACCACUCAACGAAAGUAAAUUUACAAAUUUUAUAGUAUAUGAUGUUAUUGAAGAAGGAACCAAAGAUUAUUCUGUCAAGACCAUUGGAGAAAUAGAUAAUUCACUAUCCAAUGCUAUAAUCGAUAGAGUUCAUACCCAAAAUAAAGAAUUUGAAAAAAAAGGAAGAGCAGAUAAAGAUGGCUAUAUUAGAAUAUAUGGAAACUCACACAUUACUUUUUUGGGUACAGUAGUUGCUUGGGAUAUUCACCACAUAAUAUAUGGAGGUAUAAUUAGCCAAGAUAAAAACAGAGUUCAACUUGCUUGUGAUUUUCCUGAUCAAUUACACUGUAAAGAUAUAAAAGUUCAUCACCAAUAUGACUAUACCAUUAGCCACCCUGUUCCAAAAGAUGAAACAUACCUGUUACUUGAAGGAACCGAAAAAAUAAUUGAAAUCUUUUUAAACAAAAACAAUUCAAAGAAAAUUCAUGAAGGCAAAUAUAAUUUCGAAACUAUUAAACAAGACAAUAUUCCAAUUAUCAAUGAAAAUAAAGUUAUAAUUAAAAAUGAAACUGUAGAAAAUAACCAAGAAAUUAUAACCAAUAACGAUACAGAAAAUAUAACCGAUAAUGACACAGAAAUUAUUGCCGAUAAUGACAUAAAAAUAGACACCAUAAUUAACAACGACAUCGAAACUAUACACAGUAUUGACUCAGGAAGUAGUGAAAAAAAUAUAACUAUUAACGAAACAGAAAUAAUUACCAAUAAUGACCCAGAUGCUACAGUUAAUAUUGACUCAGACACUAUAAUUAAUAAUGAAAACGAAACUAUACCCAGUAUUGACUCAGAGAGUAAUGAAGAAAAUAAAACUAUUAAUGAAACAGAAAUAAUUACCAAUAAUGACCCAGAUGCUACAGUUAAUAUUGACUCAGACACUAUAAUUAAUAAUGAAAACGAUACCACAAUUAAAAAUGACCCAGAAAGCAAUACAAACAAUGUACUUUUUAAUACAAUAUGGAAUAAUGUUUAUUUAAGGGGAUUAAUCAGACAACAUUCUAAACUUUUUAGCAUGUUUUAUGAAUGUAGAGAAUUUGAUAGCUUAGAAGACCUUUUGGAAUUUGAAUUUAAGGAAUAUUUAUACAAAGUAAAAUUUAAUUUUAUAGUUGACGAUGCAGAAGAUUUAGAAACAGUGUUACCAAAAAACAUUGAGUCAUUGGUAAUCUCGGUUAAAACUUUUCUCACACCCAUUCCGAGCUGGAUCAAGAAAGUCACUAUUGUCGAUGACCAACAUUUCAAUCUUGGUGACUACGAAACUGAACCUCUCAAAUUAAAAGCUUUAUUUUCAAAUGUAUUAAAUCUAGAAACACUCGAAUUCGAAUCAAAGAUUGUUCUUGACCAAUUAUCACAAAAUGCUUUUAAAAAUACAUUACCAAUGUUAAAAGAAUUAAAGUUUCCAUCAACAAUUCCUGUAGUGUUAUCAUGGUUACCAAAAGGUUUAAAGAAACUUUAUAUCCACACAGGUGAAGUUUUAAAAACUGAAAUUUUACCCAACUCCUUAACAGAACUAUCAAUCCUUACUAUGGAUUCAACAUUCCCAAUAAAAGAUGGUAAUGAGUUACCAAGUGGAUUGCAAGAAUUAAAAAUUAACAGAAAUAAUGGUGAAAAUUUAAGUUUCAAAACAGAUAAAUGUUAUAAAAUUUCAAAUAAAUUCAAACUUCCAUCCUCACUAAAACAUUUAGAAAUUAAUACAAUUUGUGAUUCUGAAGAUCCAAUUAAUUUCCCAUCAAGUUUAAAAACAAUUAAAAUACAAGUUAAAGAUAUGCAAUCUAUAACAAGUUUACCAAAUGCUUUGGAGGUACUAGAUAUUACAUCUUUAGGCGAAACCAAUUCAAACUUAACAUCAAUUCUAUCAAAAUCUUUAAAAUAUCUUACUAUUAGAAAUGGUCAUUUUAAUCAAAAACUCGAACCAAACAUGUUCCCAUCCAGUUUAACCAGUCUCGAAUUCAUCGAUAUUAUUUUUGACAAUGAUGGAGGCAAUCCAUUGGCCGAAGAUAAUUUAUUCCCAUCAUCUUUAACCUAUCUUAACUUGGGUGAUACUUUUAAUGAACCAAUUAUAGGUCUUAAUGUGCUACCAAAAAGCUUAAAAACACUUAUACUUGGUAAAAGAUAUCAUCAUAGAAUAGUUGAUGGUUCAAUACCAUCCAAUUUAGAACUAUUGCAAAUCAAAAAUCAAAACUAUAAUAAAUUCCCAAUCAAACUACCCAAUCCAAACACCAUUGUAGAUUGCUGUAACUAUUAUAAACAAUAUGAAAGAAACUUUAACAAAUUAAUUACAUUCAAGGUUCCAAAAGAGUUUAGAGCUUCGAUCGAUCCAGAAUUGUUCACAUUAAAAGAUAGACACAGUUUAGAAUAUAUCGAUUUAUCUGAAAACUUGACACCAGAAACUGUAUUUUUAGAAUUACCAUUUAAGAACUCCAUUAAAACAUUGGUACUAGGCGACUAUGAUUACUCUGAAAGAAUCAAUAUCGAUAAGUUCCCAUAUUUACAAACUUUAAUUGUCAAUGAUGGUUGUCCAUUAAUCUCCACAAAGAACUAUCAUAACAAUAAUCUAAAAACAAUCAUUGUAAAUAGAAAAUGCACAAACUUUAUAGAUUUAUUAGAUCCAAUAUUCUAUAACAUAAUAAAAUUAAAAUAA